AUGGCGCAUACAAGUCCAUUCCAAGUAACUGUUUCCCCAGUAUGUAUGCGGAAAGAUGUCAUUCAUAACAUUCAUAACAAUACUACAAGUACCACCACCAUCACCACCACCAAUAUUAACAAUAAUAAGAAUAACAGUAAUAUUCAUAUGAAUACAGCUAAUAGUAUUGUUGUUACACCGGCUUACUUACUCACUUUAUUACCUGGUGCUAUACCACCUGAAUCGAUAUCUUAUUUCUAUGGUAAAAUAACAAGAGAACAAGCUGAGGAAUUAUUGUUUACACAUGGAGCUAAUGAAGGUCUCUUUUUAUUACGUGAAUCUGUAAACAGAAAUUAUGCUGUAUCUAUUUGUCAUUUGGGUCGAGUGCAUCAUUAUAAUGUGGAAAGACAAACAGACUGUUCAUAUAGAAUACAAACUGGGCAUAAAUUUAUUGGACCAGUUGAAUUAGUUAAACAUCAUUCAACUCAAUUGGAUGGUUUUCUUACAUUAGCUCAAAUACCAUUGAAUCGUCCAUCUGGUGUAUCACCACUUGUUUUACAAGGAUUAAAUUCUGAUGAUUUAGAACAGGGUUUACGUGUUAAAGCAAUAGAAAUGGGGCUUAAGGGUCAAAGUGUUGACGAAGCUCUUAGCGGUCCAAUGCGUAAUCAUUUACGUUUUUUAGUAGUUAAAGAUUUACAUUUAUUACAACCAUGGUAUCAUCAUACAAUAAGACGACGUGAUGCUGAACUACGUCUAGCUAAUGAAGGAAAUCAAGAAGGUACAUUUUUAGUUCGUUAUCGUAAAGAAGAUGGAGUGUAUGUUCUCAGUUUAACAAGUCAAAAUGAACCAAAGCAUUAUCGUAUAGAAGAACAUUUAGGCAGAUGGUCAAUAGAAGGUGGACAAUAUUUUGAAACAUUAAUGGAAUUAAUCGAUCAUUAUCAUUUUCGUCAAGAUGGCCUAUUGUGUAAACUUCAGAAACCAGUUUCAGCGCCUGGUUAUAAACGUUCACGUUCAGGUUCAGGUACUGCACCCAAAAUUGUAACUGAUGACUUCAAAAUUUCUUUGAAUUCAGAUAAUAAGAAUCAACAAAUUAAACCGAAAAAUCCCUUAUCAACCAAUAUAAAUAAUAACAUAUGGAAUGAAAGUCAUUCACUACCAUCGUUAAGCACAUUUCCAAUUCCUGGGAUUAACCUAUCCAGUAAUAGUAAAACUUCAUCGACUAAUACACAAUCUCUUAUCAAUAGAAAUGUAAACACUACAGAUAAUGUCACAGUAAUAACAAUAACAAGUGCAACAACUUUGACAUCGGUAUCAACAACAAUCACUACUUCUGCUAUCACUACUACUACUACUACUACUGCUCAACUUGCCAAUAGUAGUAGUACAAUUAGGCAAGAUUUAAUCUCAUUCAAUGAUUGGCCAAAUGUUACAAGGCUUUUAUCCAAUCAAAAUUCCCCAAAUCAGCCAUCAACCACAACAACUCAAAUUGCAUCAGUAGAACCAAUAAAUGAACAAGUUUUUAGUCUAAUAAAUCGUCAUCCAAUUCCGCAUACACCAUUUACUCCACCUAGUUCAAUUCCAAAUCUACAACAUCCUUUGAACAAUGUUAAUAAUAGUAACAAUAAUAAUGAUGAUAAUAAUAAUAGGAAUAUUAUAUCAAGUCGAUUAACGCAUACAACAAUAGGAACAGGAAUAGGAUUACCAAAUGUAACAAUGAAUUCUUGUAAUUUUACUAAUACUAUGCUAAUUGAUUCUACUUGUAUACCACAAAUGGCCUUAUUUGAUAGAGAUAUUAAUGGAUUUACUCGAUUAAUGAAUACAACUAUGUCAAACACUGCUAAUACUACUGCUAUUAAUAGUAGUACUAGUAGUAAUGCGUUCAACAAUCUGACAAGCAAUAUGAAAGAUACACGUGUGGGUUGUUUAAAACCAAUUAGAUUGAAUGAACCAUUAACAUCGAUAGGCAAAGCAUUCGCUGAAGUGGACAAUGCUAUUGCACAUGUUAAUAAUUUUCAAACUAAUCUCAACAAAUCAAAUAGCAAUGACAAUACACACUUUAUUCACACUAACAAUCAUACUACUAUUGACAAUAUUAGUAGUUGUAACAAUAACAAUGAUGAAUUCAUCAACAAACUGAGUAGUAAUAUUACUGAUAAGCGUAUAACAAGUAGUAGAGAAUUUCUUCCUACACAAACAUUACAUUUCCCUCCGAUAUUAGAUACACCAUGGGAAGAACCUGAUUGUAGUGAAGAUCAUGCAUUGAGUACAUCUAGCAGUGGUGGUUCUUGUGGUGGUGGUGGUGGUGGUGGCGUUGGUGGUGGAAGUAGUAGUAGUGGUUGUGGAAAUUCUGGUGUAACACCAACAAAUCGUAAUAUAUCUACUUUUAUUGGUAAUAAUCCAUUUCUACCAUUUAUUAGUCCAACUUUAACACGACGUACAUCUAUAGUCAAUAAUAAUUCAUUAUUAACAAAUCAUAAAAUACAUUCAACAUCAUCAGAUAUUGGAAUAUUUUGUUCAGGAAUAUGUUGUCAUCAUUCAAUACAAGGAAAUAUAUCAACAACAGUUAAUAAUAAUAAUAAUAAUAAUAAUAAUACACUUAAUACUACAUCAUUACAAAAUUCAUCAAUUUGUAGUCGACCAAUAGAAAUUCAAUCAAAUCGUAGUGCAUGGGCAAAUGCAAUUAGUCCAGAGAAUGCUCAACAAAUCUAUGAUGAAUUACCUCCAUCGAAUUUCUUGUUAAGUUCACAAACAGUAACACUUAAAGAAAGAUUAGGUGGAGGAAAUUUUGGUCAUGUUGUCAAAGGCUUGUAUAGAACACCAUCAGGUCAAGAAGUUCCUGUUGCUGUGAAAACAUUAAAACCGAAUCAAAUUGUCAAUACUGGUGAAAGAGAAAUUCUAGCUGAAGCACGUACAAUGGCUCAAUUAAAACAUCGUCAUAUAGUAAGAUUAAUUGGUGUAUGCAAAGAAGAACAAUUUAUGCUUGUACUUGAAUUAGCACCUUUAGGUCCUAUUAAUAAAUAUUUAAAAAGGCGACCUGAUGUAAGUGUACACACUUUAACUGAAUUAAUGCAUCAAGUUGCUUUGGGUAUGGCUUAUUUAGAAUCGUGUAAAUUUGUACAUCGUGAUUUAGCUGCUCGUAAUGUCCUAUUGGUUACACGUCAUUUUGCAAAGAUUAGUGAUUUUGGUAUGAGUAAAGCAUUAAAUUUUGGUAGUGAUUAUUAUCGGGCAGCAACUGCUGGUAAAUGGCCAUUAAAAUGGUAUGCACCUGAGUGUAUAUAUUAUUUUCGAUUCGAUUCAAAAUCUGAUGUAUGGAGUUAUGGAAUAACUUUGUGGGAAGUUUAUUCUUAUGGUGAACGACCAUACAGGGAUAUGAAAGGUGCACAAAUAUUGGCUAUGCUGGAUCAAGGUCUUCGAUUAUCACGACCUAGCCGAUGUCCUGAAUCAAUAUACAGUGUUAUGCAACAAUGUUGGAAUUUUGAAGGGUACACAGGCCAACAUUUGCUGAACUUGUUCUUACAAUAUCACGUAUUCUUAAAGCAAUGCCAUCGCCUCAAACAGCUGUAUGCAUUCCUAAUCACAAUAACAACUUUAGUAUUAAUAGUAAUAAUAAUAAUAAUGGUGUUAGUAGUAACAAUAUUCAUUGUCAUAAUGGUAUGACGUUGGGUAAUAUGACAUCUAAACUUGAUCAUCUUCAUUCCCCAACACAUCAACACAACACUACUAACAAUGCUACUGGUACUUCUGCUUCUGCUACUACUACUACUACAACUUCUACUACUACUACUACUACUACUACUACUACGAGUAAUAAUAAUGGUGGUAAUGCUGGCUUACAACCGAUUGAAUUCAGUCCAACAAGGCGUAUUGGUGGAAUUGGAACUAGUACUAGUUCUGGUGGAAGUGGAAGUUAUUACGUUUAUACUACUACUACUACUACUACUACUACUACUACUACUACUACUACUACUACUACUACUACUACUACUACUACUACUACUACUACUACCACUACUACUACUACUACUACUACUACUACUACUACUACUACUACUACUACUACUACUACUACUACUACUACCACUACUACUACUACUACUACUACUACUACUACUACUACUACUACUACUACUACUACUACUACUACUACUACUACUACCACUACUACUACUACUACUACUACUACUACUACUACUACUACCACUACUACUACUACUACUACUACCAAUACUACUACUACUACUACUACUACUACUACUACUACUACUACCACUACUACUACUACUACUACUACCAAUACUACUGAUAAUGAUGGUAUUCUUGCUUCUUAAACACCCUUUUUUUUGUUUCUCUUCUUUUUGUCAUUGUUGAACAUUUUGUCAAUAGAACAAGCAAUAAAAAUGUGUACAUUUACCUAUUGUUUUUGAUUUUUGUAAUGAUUCUAAAGAAACAUUAUUAUAUGGGCCUUUUUGUUUUAUCUCAUAUUGAACAUUGAAUCAUUUUCUCCUCUUUUCUUUUCUUUUUUUAAUCGAAUCAAUUUUGUUUAUAAGUAAAUCUAGGUGACCUUGUCAUUUGUGUUACACUUGAUAUUUAUUUAUUCACAGAUGAUUAUAAUACUAAAUGAUAUUACACCAUAGAUACUAAAAUAUUUUCAUGACUAAGAUUUAUGCCUAGACUAACCUGAAUUGUUACCAGAAAAAGGAUUAUACUAGACUGUUAUAUAUACAUAUAUAUAUUUGUGUUUUGCCUUUUUAGUACACAACUGAUGAGCCUUUUUUGUUUUCAAGACAAAAGAGAAUAUUUUAUUGUGUAAAAAUAAAGCAUGACUUAAUUGUUUCUUGAUUUUGUCUUCUCUAUGUUCACUUCUUUUUUUGUUUCUUUUCAUUUUAUAUAUUGUGAUUUUUAUUUUGGUCGAAUGUUAUCCAUGUUGACAGUAUGUAUUAUUGUCCUCUAUCAUUAUCAUUGUGACUAACCUUCUUCUUCUUCUUUUUUUUUCUCUCUCUCUCUCUCUCUUACUAAUACUAUUGUCAAUAUGACUAUCACUUUUGUAUUGAUUUUUCCCAAUUGGUGCCUAAUUCAUUCAUUCAUUCAUUCAUUUAUUCAUCAUUACAUUGGAAUAAAUUGGGUGAGUAUUGAAAAAUCUAUUUCAGAAUAAAUCAACAAUUUAUGCGUUCCCUUUUUUCCCAUUAUAUCUAUGCAAGUGGACAAAAAAUGAGCCUAUUCUAGAUAUCUUUAUAUUAUAUUGGACAAUGCAUUUACUAGUAGAACUACAAAGACUCUGAUAACUAUGUGAUUCUACUUAAUUUCCUUAUGUUCUGCUUGCUGCUUUUUUCUUUUCUCAGUCACUUGUUUCAAGUUCUUUUUUUUUGUUCUUCAAAUGAAUAAAACUUUAUCUUGAAAAAUAAUAAGUAAUGUUUGAUUUUUUUCAGCUUAAAAUUUGAUGCUACUAUAGUUAUUAUUAUUGUUGUUGUUGUGGUGGUGGUGGUGGUGGCGGUGAUUGUCGUGGUCGCCUUGAUCCCUGUUCCCCUACUCCCUCAUCUACUCUUUUUCACCUCCUAUACUUUUUCUUUUUAUAUGAAUGAAUAGGUAAUCAAAUCAGAGAGAGAAAGAAAGGAGUAAAACACAAAUAACAUUUUGUACAAAAAAGUAUAUACUUAUUACAAUUAUUCAGACUGAUCAUUCUUCUUAAUUUUCAAUUUUAUUUACAAUAAGUUAAUGAAAUUGAAGGAGAUGAUGAUGACGUUUAUUCAUGUUAUUGUAUAAACUGCUUCAUUUCUA